AUGUCACAAGCAACAUCCUCUUCCACCACUCCGUCCAACAAUGAUUGGAAAUCAGGGCUGCGCGCCCCACCAAAAGACUUGCGACCACAGACGGAGGAUGUCCUCGCGACGAAGGGCACCGAAUUCGAAAACAUGUACCUCCGGCGCGAACUCCUCAUGGGCAUCUUCGAAGCCGGCUUUGAAAAGCCGUCACCCAUCCAGGAGGAGGCCAUCCCCAAAGCCCUCCAGCGGCGCGACAUCCUCGCCCGUGCGAAAAACGGCACGGGCAAGACCGCCGCCUUCGUCAUCCCCACACUACAACAGGUCGAUCCGACCAAGAACAAGAUUCAGGCCCUCCUGCUCGUCCCGACGCGCGAGCUCGCGCUCCAGACGAGUCAGGUAUGCAAGAUCCUCGGCAAGCACAUGGGCAUCCAGGUCAUGGUUACCACCGGUGGCACGACGCUCAAGGACGAUAUCCUGCGUCUGAACGAGACUGUGCACGUCCUCGUCGGCACCCCCGGCCGUAUCCUCGAUCUCGCUGGCAAGAACGUCGCCGAUCUCAGCCAGUGCCCUGUGUUCGUGAUGGACGAGGCGGAUAAGCUGCUCUCGCCCGAAUUCGCGCCGGUGAUGGAGCAACUACUAUCGUACCUGCCCAACGACAGGCAGGUCAUGCUCUUCAGCGCCACCUUCCCGAUGAUCGUGAAGGACUUCAAGGAGAAGCACAUGAACAAUCCAUACGAGAUUAACCUCAUGGAGGAGUUGACAUUGCGCGGAGUAACCCAGUACUACGCGUACGUUGAGGAGAGACAGAAGGUCCACUGCCUCAACACGCUCUUCUCCAAGCUCCAAAUCAACCAAUCCAUCAUCUUCUGCAAUUCCACCAACCGCGUCGAGCUCCUGGCGAAGAAGAUCACUGAGCUGGGCUACUCGUGCUUCUACUCACAUGCCAAGAUGCUGCAAUCGCAUCGUAACCGCGUCUUCCACGACUUCCGCAACGGCCAGUGCCGUAACCUCGUCUGCUCCGACCUCCUCACCCGCGGUAUCGACAUUCAGGCCGUCAACGUCGUCAUCAACUUCGACUUCCCCAAGAACUCGGAGACUUACCUUCACCGUAUCGGUCGCAGUGGUCGUUUCGGGCACCUGGGUCUGGCGAUCAACCUCGUCACGUACGAGGACCGGUUCAACUUGUACAAGAUCGAGCAGGAGCUGGGCACAGAGAUUAUGCCGAUACCCCAGACGAUCGACCGGGGACUGUAUGUUGCGCCGACGGGGGCGUCGGAAGAGCAGCAACAGCAGCAGAAGCGUGCACAGGCAGCCAACGGCGUGCAGCGCAACGGCACCCCUCAGCAGCGCCCUCCGCAGCGCGCGCCGGUUCCCGCAGGCAGCGGUGCGGCGAGAUGA